AUGGCCUCCAAGCUCGUGCCUUUUGCGAGGCAGGCGACACGCUCGCUCAGCCGAGCAGCGAAGCAGCACCAACCAUUACGCUUUGAGCGACCACUUUCUACGACCUCGCAUCGUCGCAGCGAAGCACUCAAUGUGCACAGAGACACACCCUACAAUAACCCAAGCAUACCUUUCUCUUUCAACGAGCAGAACAAGAAGAUCAUAGAAGAGAUCCUGAAGCGAUACCCGCCACAAUAUAAGAAAGCAGCAGUCAUGCCUAUACUCGACCUAGGCCAGCGACAACAUGGGUUCACCUCUAUCAGUGUCAUGAACGAGGUCGCGCGCAUCCUUGAAAUGCCUCCUAUGCGUGUAUACGAGGUAGCGACCUUCUACACCAUGUACAAUCGAGACCCUGUCGGCAAGUUCUUCGUACAAGUCUGCACAACCACUCCCUGCGUUCUGGGCGGUUGUGGAAGCGACAAGAUUAUGAACACCUGCAGAGAAUUCUUGGGCAUUGAUCAUGGUCAGAUGACUGAGGAUGGCGUAUUCAGCUUGCUGGAAGUCGAAUGCUUGGGAGCAUGUGUCAAUGCACCCAUGAUUCAAAUCAACGACGACUACUACGAGGAUCUGACUCCAGAGACUCUUAAGCAAUUGCUACAGGCAUUGAAGGACAGCGCUACUGUGACCGGUUUUGACAAGUCCAAGAUCCCUCGGCCAGGCCCACAAAAAUACGAAGGCGUGCAGAGAAUGACUUGUGAGCCUAGACCAGGAAGGACAUCUUUACUCGAAGAGCCAUAUUCGACGCAGCACAAUAGGACCGAUGGAGAGUUAUAA